AAGCGAAAUCCCAAGGUUGCACGCCGUUUCCUCCGGCUUUCUCCACCUCCGGAUACACCCUACCUGAUCUGGGGUCGAAAAGCGUGCAGCCGGGCAGGAUGGGCAGGAGAGCAGAGCCGCGGGGUCUGCAGAGCGAGUGAAGAGCUGUUAGCAGGUCCCGGUGUGCCACGCGGAGCCACGCGGGGGCGGUGGGCGCGCAGACCCGGCGUCCGACCGCGCGGACCGCAGAGCCCCAGCCUGAGAGCGCGUCGCCUUCUCCCGCGAGGUCGCCAGCGCUGGGCCCGAGCUUCCACCAACGGCACCCAGAGCCUGGCGUCCUCUCCAAUGUUUCAGAAGUCACGCCCGGCGCUGCUGCAGCCUCAAGAUGUCGGAGACAGGGUGGAGACGCUUAUGUUGCAUCCGGUGAUCAAGGCUUUCCUGUGUGGCUCCAUCAGUGGGACCUGCUCCACCCUCCUUUUCCAACCCCUGGAUCUCCUCAAAACGCGUCUGCAGACUCUUCAGCCCUCAGCCCAUGGAUCCGGACGCAUUGGGAUGCUGGCUCUGCUCUUGAAGGUGGUUCGCACGGAGAGUAUUCUGGGCCUUUGGAAAGGCAUGUCCCCUUCCAUUGUGAGGUGUGUCCCUGGCAUUGGCAUCUACUUCGGCACUCUCUACUCCUUGAAGCAGUACUUCCUGCGAGGCCACCCCCCCACGGCCCUGGAGUCGGUCAUCCUGGGAGUGGGCUCUCGUUCGGUUGCAGGGGUCUGCAUGUCACCCAUCACUGUGAUCAAGACACGUUACGAGAGUGGGAGGUACGGGUAUGAGAGCAUCUAUGCAGCCCUGAGGAGCAUCUAUCGCAGCGAGGGGCAUCGGGGACUCUUCAGCGGCCUGACGGCAACACUCCUUCGUGACGCACCCUUUUCUGGAAUUUACCUGAUGUUCUACAACCAGACCAAAAACAUCAUGACCCAUGACCAGUUGGAUGCAGUCCUUAUUCCUGCUGUAAAUUUCAGCUGUGGGAUCUUUGCUGGCAUUCUGGCCUCCCUGGUGACUCAGCCUGCGGAUGUCAUCAAAACUCAUAUGCAGCUCUCCCCAAUGAAGUUUCGGUGGAUUGGCCAGGCAGUGACACUCAUUUUCAAAUUCAUCGUCACCUUGGAUCCAUUAUUCAUAGUUUUGGCAUUAUCUAUAAAAAUCCAAAACCCGAGGCUCACAAAUGGGGAUUAUGGGCUGCGUGGCUUCUUCCAAGGCGGCGUUCCCCGGGCCCUCCGCAGAGCUCUGAUGGCAGCCAUGGCGUGGACUGUGUAUGAAGAAAUGAUGGCCCAGAUGGGCCUGAAGUCCUGACUGAGAGGGACUGGGAAAAGACGGGCUCUGUUGCCCUGUUGACCUCCCUGGCUCUUGCCAAGGGCUGCUUUGUCUCACUGUCCUGGAGUUAUGAAAGCCAGGCAGAUGUGUCCCCUUUCGUUACCCAGUUGGAAUAGAGAGUAGAUGGGCCUGACUCAAGCCUUCAGAAUCUCCCCAAAGAGGAGUUACUGAUGCCUACGGCACACGGGGAGUUAGAAGAAUGGCUUGCACAUCCUGCUAGACCACUUGAAAAGGCAUUUCUGGAAAGAGCUCUGUCAGGUGCUUCUGCCACCCACCGAUGCUAGGCUGCCUGUUUGGAUCUGUUCUUGGGCAAGGCAUCGCACAGCCAGAGUUGCUGUGGCUGAAGAGCUCCAGCGGGGGAAGCCAGGUCCACGGAGAGAGGGCUUAUUGUCACCCACCAGGCUGUAGUCUGUGUCUGGGAUGCUGGUAGGAUGAAGAAGAAAAGAUGUCAUUACUUAAUUGGCUACUAAUCCCCUUCUCAGAGGCCCUGAAGAAGUGGGGAGAGUGGCUUCUUAGCAUGUAAGUGUCCAAAUAACGAAUUUUGUUUUUGGCCUCUGCACUGUUUCAAUUCCAAAUUGUUCUGGCAUUUUCUUGCAGCUAAAGUUUGCAUAAAUAAAAGUGAAGCACUUUAUCAUUGAAAACUGGAAAACCUAAA